CCCGGACCACGACCUCCUUGACACGGUAUGGCUUGAUAACCCUCAACAAGAAUCCACCGGUAAAAAAGGCGAGAAGCCGUGGCAGGUUGACCCUAAGGCUGCAUCGUAUCCGUCCGAGGAUCCUGCAUCGACGGCUGUUCGCGAUGCUGAGCUGGAUGUCGUCGUCAACAACCAACUCGCGGUGCAGGAUCCGCCUGCCGCUCCUCCGCCAACGGCGUUUCGCGACGACAUGGUGUCGUGGCUGCUGGACGAGGCGAUCGACGGCACCUUCACGGCGGACGCGUGGCACGACUUCGCCGCCGCUGCUCUCGGCGAGGCGGGCAAGGAGAUCCACAAGGACGCUGCGGCUGGCCCGACUGACCCUGCCGCCAAGCCUUCGUCCGUUCACGCUCCCGGUCCCACGCCCGCAGAGGCAGACGCCUUUCACAAGUCCGCCGCGUUCGGCGGCGUGAAACCGGGCUUCAAAAGCUUGAGGCCUGAGCAAGCGAUGGUGUCGCAGAGACCGGUCGGGCAGGGCCAGGGGACGGGGUGCGACGGGAUGGCGAAGAAGACGGCGCUGAGCAACAUGGGCGUCGCCGCGCUGCUUGCGCAGAAGCGAGCCAUUAGCCUCAAACCGGCCGCCGUGUUUCCCGGUAGCAUGGCGGAGAUGCGGAUGAACAGCAGCGGGGCGGAGAAAGGCGCGGGUAUGAUGGGCAAGGGGGCAAGUAUCAUGGAGAUGUUCAGCCAGCAGUCGCAGCAAUUGCAGCACGCGCAGGAGCUGCAGCACGAGCAGCUGGAGCUGCAGCAGCACGAAGAGGAGUUGGCCGCGCAGCAGCUUUUCCUCAUGGAGCAGCAGAAGCUACGACAGCAGCAGCUGAAACUGCGACAGGCGUUUCAGCAGCAGCAGCAACAGCAACAGCUGCAGCAGCUGCAACAACAGCAGCAACAACAACAGCAGGAGCAGCAGCAGCAACAAGAACAUCAACAGCAGCAACAACAAUUGUUGCAGGAGCAACAACAGCAGCAGCAGCAGCAACGGAAGCUGCUGUCGCAGCAGCAGUGUCAGCUGGUGAAGUUGGAAGCGAAGCAGACGUCCAUGCGUUUUCCCGACCAGGCCAACGCUCCUCAGGGCAACUCCUCGCAGUGCGCCGCUCCGCGCGCCACGCCACUCAACUUCUCGCACUUCUCUCUUCCCGCCGCCCUCUACGGCCGCUCCAACACUAAGUCCGCCACCGCCCCCGGAUCAUCCGCAGCCGCGCCGCCCACCAGCUCGCAAGGUAACUUCCGGCCGCCAACUAAGGUGCCGGCGCCGCCCGCGAAACCCGGCACUGCUCCAUCUACUCCCACGCUUGCGCGCGCAGGCGACCCUUCAGCGUCUCCCCCGCAAUCUACAGCGCAGCAACCCGCGCAACUGGCGGCUACGGGGAGCCCCACGGCGGGGGCUGGGAGCCAGUCGGGUGCCCCCGCAGGGCCCUCCGCACGCGGGUCGCGGUCUCCGCCUGCCGGUGGCGCGUCCUCCGCGGCGCACUCUGCUGCGGCGGGCGCGCUUGCCUCCGCUGCGCCUAAACCACUCCCGUACGCGCCGAUCGCGAAGCAGCAGCAGCAGCAGGGCGCGGAGAGGAUGCGCGGCGAGGCAUCGGCGGACGCGUUUCACGCGUCGACGGUGACGAGCAACGUGGACGGCCCCGGCGCGUGGGGCAAGCACGAGCGCGACGGCACGGGCAGCUGCGCCGUGGGGGGCGACGACGACGACACGAUGGGCGCGCACAGGGAGCGGAUGACGCGCAAGAACACGUGCGGAACCAAGGACUCGGGCAUUCAUCCGGGGUCGGGCGGGGGCAGCUGGGGGAAACGGUCGCGCGAGGAGAGCGAGAACAUGGUGUUCGACGAGGCGGACGCGGCGGAGGAGUCGGCGGACACGCGCAAGACGAACACGACGGCGAAGCGCAUGGCCGUGUCGGGCAACGAGAGCAGCGCCGCCAAGCGCGCGCGCGCCGCGGAAGUGCACAACAUGUCGGAGCGGAGGCGGCGAGAUCGCAUCAACGAGCGGAUGAAGACGCUGCAGGAGCUCAUUCCUAACUCCAACAAGACGGACAAGGCGUCGAUGUUGGACGAGGCCAUCGAGUACCUCAAGAUGCUGCAGCUGCAGCUACAGGCAAGUCGCCCUCCACCACCCGCUCCCCUUGCUGCUCCCUCGUCCGUCGCUCUGCUCCUCCGCCACCCCCCCUCAACCCUCCCCCCCCCCUCGACUCACUCUACCUGGCCGCUCAUUCUCCUCCCAUCCUUCCUCUCCCCCUUCCUCACCCACUCCGCUCUUUCUCUCCGCGUCCCCCCUUGGCGCGCGCAGGUCAUGUCCAUGCGCACGGGCAUCAGCAUCCCCUCCGGCCUCACGGGCGCGGGCGCCGCGCUGCCGUCGCUGGGCGCGGCGAACAUGGCGGCUGCCGCGGCGCACAUGGGAUCGUCGCCACUUCCGGGCGCGCUGGGGAUGGGGCUGUCAGGCAUCGGCGCAGGGCUGGGCGGGGGACUCGGGGGGAUCAACGCGGGCAUGGGCAUGGGGAUGGGCAUGGGGAUGGGGCUUGGAAUGGGCGGACUGGGAGGCAUGGGGGGUUUGGGCAUGGGAGGCAUGGGCAUGGGCGGUCUUGGGCUGUCGGAGCUUGCUGGACUGCCAGCUCAGCAGCGGCUCAUGAUGGAGAUGGCGUGCGCAGAUCUGGCGCCGAAUACAGCCGGGCAGGGGCAGUUGAAUGACAUGUCAUCGGUUGCUGCGGCAAUGGCUGCUGCCACGUCAUCCCACUCAAAGAUCAUCCGCAGCAAGCUCGACGACGUAGAGAUUCGCGCCUUGGAGGGCAAGCUCGAGCUGCUCAACAUCCAGCGCCAGCUCAGCGCCGUGCGCUGCGAAAACUUUAUCCACAUGCUCCAGUCGUCGCUGCAGCACGGCGGCGACGACGACGACUUCUCGCUCGAGCUCGACGAUUUCCCCGUCCGCCGCUCAACCAUCCCGUCGCGUCGCUCCUUCGAGGUCUCGUCGCGCCACUCGCACCUGUCGGAGGACUUCGCGUACCUCGAUGCCGGCGCGGACCUCUCCCGCUCCCGUUCCAACCCCUCCGCGUCUGCCCCCCUCACGCGGUCGCUGGGCUCCCGUUCAGCGCGCUCCAGCACGUCGUCCCCCGCGGGGCUCACACGCUCGCUGCGGCGCCACGCCAGCCUCAACGUGCGCCGCAACGACAUCUUCCGAUGA